UCUUUCUUCUUCUUCUAGUCUUCAAAACCUUCUCUUUCUUCAUUCAUUCAUUAAACGCGUUACAUACAUUACAUGGCACUCACUACUGCUGCUACCGUACGCCCUCAACCACCGUAUCAUUUCCCUCUUUCCUACAGCAUUUUAUCAAAUAUUAUUAAUAUCUCUGUAAUGCGUUAACUUAAAUUUAUGUCUUCUACAACUGAAAAUUAAAAUUAAAGGAAUUUUAAUUUGUGUGAAAUGUUGGAUUCUCAACUAACUCUUGAGCACUGUUUUGGUUGAUACAUUGUCAAAUUUGUUUCCGUUUUCUCGUUUUUGAGAGUGAAAAAAUUCAUGCUCAAGUUUGUUUUAUCUGGUUUCUGUUUUCUUGAUGGUUUUUCAUUUUGAAAGUUCAGUCUUAGGGUUAGGGUUUAGUACAUCUACACUACGUUUUGUACGAAUAAGACGUUCUUUAAAAUUUUAGGUUGUACUUAGAUUACUGAAAUCAAUGUUGAUGAAAAAUGCCGACUAUUAGAGCUCCAGCUACUAAGAAAACUACAACGCUCACGGUUGCUGUGAAAUGUAGACAGUUAACGGGGAUAGAACACGGCCGGGACAUUGUUAGAAUAAAUCACAACAAGGAGGUGGUUGUUUUGGAUCCUGAUUUGUCAAAGGAUUAUCUUGAACGCAUACAGAAUAGAACAAAGGAAAAGAAGUACAGUUUUGAUUAUGCGUUUAGUCCUGAUUGUACAAACUUGGAUUUGUAUGCGCAAUGUAUAUCUUCUGUGAUCUCUGGGAUUGUUCAAGGUCUCAAUGCUACAGUGUUUGCAUAUGGCUCAACUGGAAGUGGUAAAACAUAUACAAUGGUUGGUACAAAGAGUGACCCUGGACUCAUGGUUCUUAGUUUGCAUAGAAUUUUUGACCUUAUUAAAAAAGACAAAAGUUCUGACGAAUUUGAAGUUACUUGCUCCUACCUGGAAGUUCACAAUGAAGUUAUCUAUGAUUUGCUUGAAAAGUCAUCGGGUCAUUUGGAACUUAGAGAAGAUCCAGUUCAUGGAAUGGUUGUUGCUGGGCUGAGAUGUAUCAAGGUCCACUCAGCUGAUAAGAUUCUUGAACUUCUGAAUUUGGGGAAUAGUCGGCGGAAAACUGAAAGCACAGAGGCCAAUGCAACUUCUUCACGAUCACAUGCAGUUUUAGAGAUUACCGUGAAGAGAAAACAGAAAAACAAAUAUCGUUAUCAAGUAAUGAGAGGAAAACUUGCUCUUGUGGAUCUUGCUGGCAGUGAACGAGCUUCUGAAACAAAUAGUGGAGGGCAAAAGCUAAGGGAUGGAGCCAAUAUUAAUCGUUCUCUUCUAGCGUUAGCAAAUUGCAUUAAUGCUUUGGGAAAACAACAAAAGAAGGGACUGGCUUAUGUUCCUUAUCGGAACAGCAAACUGACACGGAUACUAAAAGAUGGUCUCAGUGGCAAUUCUCAAACUGUUAUGGUAGCAACUAUAUCACCAGUUGACAGUCAAUAUCAUCACACUGUGAAUACCCUGAAAUAUGCUGACCGGGCAAAGGAAAUAAGAACACAUAUUCAGAAAAACAUUGGCACAGUUGAUACCCAUGUAUCAGACUACCAGAGGAUGAUUGACAAUCUUCAGAUUGAGGUCUGUCGACUGAAAAAGGAACUAGCUGAAAAGGAAUCACAACUAAGUAUCAAACCUGCUGAAAGAGCUGCUGAUGAUGAGCUGUCUUGGUUGAAUAUUUUGAGCCAUGAAAUCAGUGAAAAUGUCCAGGAACGGAUAAAUUUACAGAAGGCUUUAUUUGAGCUUGAGGAAACAAACCUUCGUAUACGUUCUGAACUCCAACAUCUUGACGAGGCUAUUGCAAAACACCAGGCUACUGAAAAAGAUGAAGCAGUUGUGGAGGCUUUGAGAGCAAGGAGGCAAGUAAUUCUCGAUAACAUACGUGACAACGAUGAGGCGGGUGUCAAUUAUCAAAAGGAAAUUGAAGCAAAUGAGAGUCAUCGAUGUGAACUCCAAGACAUGAUUGAUGAAGCCAUCAGUAACAAUAGCAACAAAAUAUACUUGCGCAUUCUCAGCCAAUAUAGAAUCCUGGGAAUGUCUAACAUUGAGCUUCAGUUUGAAAUGGCAUUGAGAGAUCAAGUCAUUCACAACCAACGGGAAACACAGAGGAAUCUGUGGAAAUUGCUCAUGACAUCAGGAAUUGAUGAAAAACGUUUACUGGACCUUUCAUCCAAGCAGGGAAUAACAAUUGAAGAUUGCACAACCACUUCUCAUGUAGGGCUUCAGCAAUCACCAAAUUUAGCUUAUGGAAGAUAUUCUCCAGUUGGGUAUAGUCCUUUAAUCGGGCAUUCAUAUCAUAGAUCAUCUUGCAUCUUCCCACAAUCUGAUGACUUAAGCUCAAGGUCAUUAGCCUUGGAUCUAGCUCCCAAUUUUUGUGCGGAACAUCAUAAUUCAUAUUAUUUGUUGUCUCAUGAUCACUCUCCAUCAGCAUAUGUCAGGCUGAGAAAGAGUAGUGAGCAGUGGGUUGGUGGCAGGCCAGUUUCAUGGUGUGGCACUCCUGGUAAUAGUCCUCAAGAUAUUCGCAAUUCUUGUCCAGAGAUCAGAACUCAGGUUUUACCUUACAAAGCUAGCCAUGAAUCAGCUUCCCCAUGCAGUGCUGAUUUUGGCCAGCGCCAUAAGGAUAUGUGGAAUGUUACUCGGAGGCAAAAUCUGUUUGAGAGCCCUCAAAUUGGAAUAACUUGCUGCCAAGACUUGUUCCAAGGCGGAAUACCCCAAAGAGUUGUUGGAUUUAACCCCGCAGAACAGGACUCUGGCAUUUGUCGCUCAAACCAUGUCCUUCAAAACACCAAAUCCGCAAACCACCCGUAUUUGUCCCGCAUUCCUUCAUUUGGCAGAGGGUCAAUCCCUUCUGUUUGUCAGAGUCCUGAAACAAGGGGCCACCCCUCCAGUUUUGUAUAGUCCUGUAUUUUAGUGUCCUUUUUCUCCUCCUCUUUACCAUGCUAUUUUUUCAUUUUUUUCCCCAUUGUACAUAUACAAAAAUAUUAUUUAAGUAUCCCGCCUUGGUAUGAGCAGGUGAUUCUUUCAUUUCCCUUUUGCAGAGAGAAUGGAGGGAGAGGGGGUAGGUUUAUAUUGUGUAGGUACUAAGUAGUUGGAGGAAUAUUCUAACUCUUGACACAUUGAACUUGCCAAUGUAAUUGUGAUGCUGUGUCUGUGUAUAUUUCAUGAAGAUUAUUGUCAAUUUGGAAGGAUCAAUUGUUUAAUAA